AUGAAUAACCAAUUGUUGGUGAAUAAUACGUUUAAGAUAUACAAAUCCAAUGCGGUGCCGCAAGCCAAGUUCCCUCUGCAGUCUCUCAAUAGCUUAUUGAGACAACAGGGACUCUAUUUGUACGAAAAGUACCAAAGUUCCAAUCAUGAUCUAAUACCAAAAUACACUAACCUGAGUGACCUAAUCAAGGUAAUGAAGAUCACCAACCGCCACGUGCAGGUGAAGGAUUACUCGAUCAAUGUAAUCAUGAUUAAGAGCUCGCCCAUAAUCCCAAACCAACUAAUACUAUUCAUACUGAAAUUGAAUAGCGACUUCAAAAAUUUUAAUACCGUAAUUCUUAUUAAAUCAAGUAUACCGGCAUUUUUGGUUCAAUCUUUGGAAGCAAGUCUCUCAAGGAUCUCGGUGCCGCUUAUCAUCAAGGAUGUACAACUAACCAACCACUCGAUCGAAGCCAUCAUUAAUAACUUCACGGCGUCGUUAAACGAUCAUGACGGUACCAAAAUUGCCAAAUUGUUCGGAGAUCUAGAAAUCAUAUAUUCCACUCCUCUGAAAAUGGAAUCGUUGAAAACAAUUAGCAUUCUGAUUCCAAUUUCCAACCUCGAAAAAUUAGUAAUGGCAAAUGAUCAGCAAUUGAAAUUAAUUGACUUAAUUAACCAUUUUCUAUUCAAUACUACAAAAUUGGUUUUUGCAAACUUACAUAUGGCCAGGUUCAGAUCAAGACUAUUAGACUUAUCUGCCGAUGGCAAGUUUAAAAUCCAUCCCGAAAACUUACAUCUAUUUAAUAACUCCUUUUCAUUGAAUAAUGAAGACUCUGAUGAUCAAGACGAGCUUGACUCCUUUGUUUGGUUUGUAAUGGCAUCAGUCUACGAUUGUAUCUAG